AGCGAUUCGAGUGCGAUUGAAUGAUGGCCAGAAAGCGAGCACUGGAUUCCCAACUGCCGCUCCUUGCGCUGGGUGGCCUAAUCAUUAUGGGAUUGGCCAUAGUCGAUUCCCUGGAGUGUUAUGCCUGCGACUCCGCCGAAGAUUCGGAGUGUGCCACCCGACCGGGUCAGCAGCUGGAAGUGGAGGAGUGUCAGCAGACGGGCGACGAGUGUGUCACCUCCAUAUCGGCGGGAUUAACGCGACGCGGCUGCCUGGCGCGGCUGUAUCCUAAUGGCUAUUGUGCCGCUCCAUGCGACCGGUGCAAUACGAGCCUGUGCAAUCGGCACGUUUAUCCUGCGGAUCGAUUGCGGUGCUAUCAGUGCAGCGGAUCGGAUUGCAUCGAUGUGGCCAGUCGGCCGCAAUACCUGCUGCCGUGUCCGGUUUACCAGGAGGAUGACAGGUGCUACACGAACGUAGUCCACUUAUCCAACACCCUGCGCGGCUGUGAGCACACCAAUUUGCCGACAACCUGUCCGCACGUCUGCCUUAAGUGCAAUUAUAAUGGUUGCAAUGCGGAGAAGACCGUCACGGAAUUGCGCUGCCUUCAGUGCACCCAUAAUCGAUUGGCCCCCAAUCCGGACUGCCUGCGGGACCAGGAUCCACCGGCGGCGGUGGCGGAGGACCAGCCCAAGUGCUCGUUGAGCAACUCAACUGUGACGCACUGCGUCAACAAGGUGAUGUACGGGCACAGGGAGAACUGCUUUAGCUACCGCAACACCCAGACGGAGGUCCUUCAGAGGGGCUGCUCCACCGCCAUGGGAUUCUAUCCCACCGGCGAGCUAACCGAGUGCCACGGCGAAUUCUGCAAUGCCGAUUGCCAGGACAUUGUCUGCGCCGCGUGCAACUCCACCGCGAAUCCUGGCUGCCGUGCUGGCCGCAAUUUACCAACGGAAAAGUGCGCAGCAGGCACCACGGCCUGCUAUUCCUGCGAGCAAGAUACCCUUGUAACCCAUUUCCCUUUUAUAAUCCCAAAUACCUUUCUGCGACGUGGCUGUGCGGAUGCGGAUUUUGCACCCGCUGCUCUGGGCGAAAGUUGCCAAUUGUGCCGCGAUGCGGAUGGCUGCAAUCGCUACUCCGUCCGUAGCUGUUACCGUUGCAAUGCCCAGGACCAGGAUUCGGACUGUGCGGCCAUGGAUCUGCCCACAACGAUGACGACCAGCAAUUGCUCUAGCCCCACGGAACUGUGCGUUAGCACGGUGGUCAGCCGACUGGACGGUAUCUACACGGUGCGCGGAUGCGAGGGUCAGGUGCCGGAGUGUUCCGCCAAUGAUCCGUACUGUGUCCGCUGCAACGGAAGUCUGUGCAACGAUGCACCCACUCUCUGGCGGCAGACGCAAAUCGAAGUGGCUAUGGAUCAGCAGUUGCCGCCUAGCUGGUGGUCACUGCUGCAGUACUGGUGGUCCAGGAAAAUCCGAUAAAUAAGCACCCAUUACAUGGGUGGGUGGUCGACGAACGUAGCGUUGAUAACUGAUUAAUGGGCGUGGCCAGGGGGCGGAUGUGUUUGGCCGGAGGUAGUGAAGCGAGCGAAACGCCCCCGCAAAAUCGAGCAAACAAAAGAACUCGGAAUAAACAAGCUACGGAUUAUUAAACGGGCGCACUGACUGCUGCUCAUUGAAAGUACAGAUUCCAUAAACAAG